CUCCAGUCUCAUGGGAUGUCCCCUCUGCCCCUCCUCUGCAGACCCUGAAGAAAAAGAAAAAGGAAAAAAAAAAACCCCCCCAGACCCCUCCUUCUCCUCCUCUCCUCCCGGCUCAUUGAUAAUGCGCCCUCUCGAGCUUUAGCAUCGCCUGCGGAGGUCGACGACCAUAGACAACUUCCGCGUCCCCGACAUGCCCUCCUUCUUCUCCUUCGAGCAAGGCAACGAGUCGCGAUCCCGCUUCCCUACAGGCGAGGCUUCACCCCUCCUCGGUCGCUUUCGUGCUGUCCCGCGCGACGGCCGUUCCAACCGCCGCGGGAGCUUGGGCCUGCUGACCCACUCGUCCUGGCGCAACAGCGUGCACAUCGGUCAUGGCUACGGCGCCCUGAUCUCGGCCGGCCUGGACGACGAGGCGGCCAGCAGCGACGACGAUGAAUUUGACGACGAGACGAGACCGGCAUGGGUCAGGUGGUGCAGGAGGCAGUGGAGGGCGGUAGACGAGCUCUGGAUCAACCCGAAGCAGACCACCGUGAACAAGGUUGCCCGUGUCUGGUGGUCGCGCUGGGCCGUCCUGGUCGUGCUGCCCGCCGUCCUAGCCGUCGGCUGGUGCGCGAUCCCCUUCCCGCAGUACCCGCUGGGGGACGACGAGGACUGGGACGGCCAUAACAAGCCUGGCGGCGGUGGCGACGGCCGGCGUCGGACGCCUGGGCACGGCGAGGCCAAGGUUGAGGUCAACUUCUGGUUCUUCGUCUUCGUCUACUAUGCCUUCUACAACCUGACGGCCCUGGUGUGGAUCACAAAGGUGUUCAACCUGUACAGCUUGAAUUGGUGGCCGUCUGCCCUUGGGUUCCCGCUGACCAUCUGCCUGAUCGCAACCCUCGGCACCGCCGGCCCCAUCGUGCUGUACCACAUUCCCGAGGCCAACUUCCUGACGACCCACAACACCGUCUGGAUCAGCUGGACCUUCUGCAUCAUGGCCAUGCCCGUCAUGAUUGCCUCGUGCAUUCUCCUCACCAGGGAGCGGCACAUGGGUCUGCGCCAUUCGCUUUCCGAGACCCAGCGCAUCUUCACCUCCUCCUGGUGGACGGGCGAGGAUGACGGGCCUGACCUGAGGGCGAACGGGCGGCGACAGCAGCAGCAGCAGCAACAGCAGCGGCGGCGGCGGGCCGAGGACCUAUGGGGAAACCUUGAGACCCCUGACAUACAAGUCAACGGGCUAGGGGUGGCAGAUCACGCUGCGCCCCGGCGCGUUCCUGUCAGGCUGCGGCCCAGGUUCUUUCCGGCCAGCUUUGUGCGGUUCCUCUGGUUCUGCACGGCGCUGCUAAUCGGCUUGCUUGCCUACGUGAUAGGGGAGGCGUAUGCGGAGGUCUACCUCCGCACCCUGCCCCAUAGUUCACUCGACACCAUAGUGUAUGUGUACGGGUGGAUCUUGACCGUCUACCUGCUCGACGGCCUGACCGGCUGGAUUCUGGGCGGGAACCAGGGCGAGAGGGUGGGGAGCUACCCGUUGAGUUGGGUAUUCAAACUUUACUUCAUGCUCACCUACCAGACAUAUGUGCGCGCCCUGUACGCCCGCCUGCGGUCACCGCAGCAGUUCAUCCUGCUGCAGGUGCUCUCCUCCUCCGGGCUCAUCAUCCUCACCCCCAUCCUGCUGUCGGCCCCUUUCCAUUGGGUACUCACCGUGCUCGGCAUGAACGGCCAGUCCUAUGCCGCCUACCAGAAGAUAGGGGUGCGCAAUGUCUUCAUCCGGUUCCUGGCCGAGAACACCAGCAUGCUGUGUUUCCUGGGCUCCGUGGUCGUCCUGCACUUUGGCGCCAACAAGGACGUCUACCCUUACUUCUCCUUUGACGAGGACCCCUCCAAGACGGGAGAUCCGUACAACUAUACCUUUGAGCUGACAUUUUAUGCCUCUGCCGUCACGUGGGCGUGUGAGCUCGUCGCGAGUUUCAUCGUCGCAGGCCUCAUCAGGUGGAUCUAUAAGGUGGACGUUGUGGCCGAGGGCAGUCUCGACUUGGCUGUCUGGCCAGAGCUGCUGCCGACGAGCGUGGUGGUUGUGUUGCAUGUGUUACAGAACAUGCUGUUCUCGAUUGUGAGGUUGCAAUUCCGGUGAUUGGCAGGCUGCUGGCUUAUAAGUGGCUGGCAACCUACAAUGAUAAGUUACUCCAUAUAGGUGUGGUCGAAUGGCUCUCGUUGUUUUGGCCAAGGACUCUUUUGUCUCUGCUAGGGUCAAGCAAGGGGUGGAUGGGGUGUAGAAGGGAAAGAAAAUCCAACCUCCCCCCCCCCCCUCUCUCUCUUGCUUUCCGCCCCUUCUUCCCUUCUUUUCUAUCCUUCUUCUUCCCCGGGUCACUGGGUCAGUUGGCCAUAUCACAGAGCACGUAUUCCUGAUAGAUGUGUUGGCAUUUUGCGGGAGUCCGUUGUUGUUCAUUUGCUGCUGGCCUUUUCUCGGCCCUGUCGUUUGUUUUUCCUUUUUACUCCUCUUAUGAUUUUCUUAGCACCCCAACGCGAGGUAAUGCAAGCACAAGCGCUUAGAAUUAGGUACCUUAGCAUCAUGAUACCCCGAGGGGAGAAGAGAUAAUGUACGAGGUGGUUCUGUGCAUAAGAGACAUUGUGUUGAACCAUAACAUUGUCAAUCUG